AUGUCAUUCGGAGAUAGGAAGUUUAGGUCCAGACGACAGCAACUUGCCUAUGAAGCCUCUAUCGCCGGUAAGUACCAGGCUCGUAUGAAGAAAAAUCCCUUUCUGUACUUCGGGCUGCCUUUUUGCUCAAUAAUCGUUCUAGGCUCCUACUGGCUUUCUGGUUUUACUGCAGUUAGAUAUGAACAGAAGGACCGCAAAAUUCAAGAGAUGAGCGAAGAUGAUUUAGUUAAAAUGAAGGCAAACAAGAGACAAUUUGAUAUAAAGGAAGAGUAUUAUCGUUUACAGGGGCUUGGUGAGCAAGAUUGGGAGCCUGUACGAGUCCCUAGGAUGAAGGGGGAAUCAGAGAAUGUCUGGUGA